AUGUACCUGCAUUUGCAAGAUGAGCUCGCGCGCUCCGCAGUGCGCAUCGUCGUGCACACGCCCUACGGCCCAAUCACGGGUGGGCGCGCGCUGAACGAUGCCGCCGUCUUCCUCGAGGUCCCGUAUGCCCUGCCUCCUGGACGGUUCAUGGAUCCGGAGCCGCUGCCGCCCUAUUAUCGCUAUGAAGACAAGGAGUAUAUUUAUGAGAGUAGCUACUGUGCCCAGCCCAAGAACGAUGGACAGGUGGCUGGGAUACCAUACGAACACAAGGUUGGCCUGGGGAAACCGACCGAGAAUCCGCUGUUCGUAAACAUCGUAUCUCCGCCCCACUUCACGCCGGCCUCCCGGUUCCCGGUCAAAGUAUACAUUCAUGGCGGGUUUUUGCAGUUCGGGUCGCCCCACGGCCUGAGUGCGCAGGCUCAGCAUGUAUCCGCGGAGCGCUCGGAGGUGUGGGUGAAUAUCGGAUACCGCCUCUCUGCGUUUGGAUUCCUCGCGUGUGACGAGCCGAAGGUAGAUGGCAACUUUGGGUUCAAGGACCAGUGGCUGGCAGCGUUGUGGAUACGUGACAAUAUCGAGGCAUUCGGCGGUGACCCGAAGAACAUCCAGAUCUCAGGGCUCUCCGCAGGUUGUGCGCAUUCUGUACAUCAGAUUCUGCAUCAUGUAUCUCGUCUACCUGAGGGAGAACAAUCACCGUUCCAAUCCGCCAUAUUACAAUCUAACGCUAUCAUGACGACUCCAAAGACACCUGCGGAACUGCGCCCGCAAUUUCAGGCACUCUGCCGCGCGCUCAAGCUCGACCCCACCUCCCCAGACGUCCUUUCCAUUCUCCGCAAUCCCGCUAAGGUACCCACCUCGGCAAUCACGCACGUCAUUGAGACCGAUGCCGUCGGCGUCGAGUACGGCACCUUCCGCGGCUGCACCGACGGCGCGUGGCUCGCGUCCACUCCCGACCCAAUGUCCUGGCAGCGCUCGGGCGGCUUCGCGCACGCGCUCAAAGCCAAGGGCGUACGGAGCAUUGUCGUCGGCGACCUGACAGAGGAAUGGUACCUCUACGCGAUCGCGCAUCCCGUGUGCGGCGUGCGCGAUGUCGAGCCGAACGUGAUGCGCUACUUUCCGCCGAACGUCGUACGCAAGCUGCUGACGCUGUACACGCCGCCUAAGGAGGACGCGUCCGUGGAGGAGGUGAAGAAGUACAUGGGUGACGUGCUUAGCGACGGACAGGUUCAUCUCCCCGUCAGGCUGCUUGCGAGAGAUUUAAUGGCAGCCGACUUCCCUGUCGUGAGGUAUGAAAUCCGUUGGACCCCAGAGCAGGUCCGUCCCUUCGGUUACGUCACCCAUGGGACCGACCGUUCCCUCUGGGCACUGCUCCUUUCGGUGCUGGAUCCUACGCAAGCGGACGUCGCGCGGGGUUGGCUGGACACCAUUGCCGCGGAGGUCAAAUCUGUCGAGGCGCACGGGAAUCGGAGGAAUUUGAAAGAGGUGCUCGCGCUCAAUGCGGAUAAGACGAUCGGGUGGAAGCAGGACGAUAGGUGGGAUGAGCUGAUGCGUCUCCGCCAGGCUCUUCCGCACGAGACCUGA